AUGGAGGAAAGGUCUGAGUCGCGAGCUUCAGGUACAACAUACCAUAGCUUCGCAGACACUGAGCUGUUUGAACCCAUGUCCCCCCCUCGACCACCCGUCACCCAUGAUACAACCAGUCUUCAACACCUCGAACAACUUCAACAUGAGCUUCAGCGUCAACAGCGUGAAGCGCCGAGUAGCAAGGACUGGGUGAGAGAGCGUCGACCUGGCACGGCAAAGAUGCAGCGACAAGAUUCAGGCUACGAGUCAAACACGCCCCGACGAACAUCCACUUCUAAUACAUCCCACGGCGGAUCUACUAUUAACAAUGCUCACCUCCUCGUUGGUCGACGAUCGUCAAAUGGUUCUUCCAAGGAUGGUAGUGGUAGUAGCAAUGGCUCAGGAGUCAGAUCUCGUUUCCGAAAUCGUCGCCCUUCACUCCGUCGAGCAGCAAAGACUCACCCCGUCCAACCAACACAUCCAAUUCAACUCGCCGACACCGUUCCCGACCGUCGCGUUCAACCCACGCCCAUCCCCUCACCCCCACCUCAGACAACACACUACUGGACCAGCGACCGCACCCGCCGUCUUGAAUACGCCGCCAUCGACGCUGCAACGCGCGGUGUGAAAGGCUGGGUGCUGAGACAUCUCGUACCGGAUUGUUUUGUGUCGUGCGAGAAUAAACAUGUCUCGUUUGAUGAUGAUUCGGGCAGCGUGAGAAGGUAUAGACUUGAACUUGAGGAUGAUCAUGCUGAGAAGUCGGGAGGAAAGUCUGUGCGGCGACGCAAGGGAUGGAAAUUCUGGCGCCGCCGAAAGGUCGAUGCUCAACCUACGGCCUACAUCUAA